UUAUUGUGCAGUACUCAAAUGACUUGAUCCUGUUUUUCUUUCAGAACACACCUUAUUGCUCAGCUUCAUUGAGUAGUUACAGUGUUUAGAAAAGGGCUGAACUCGUCUCACAUCCUCUUCAAUGCUGAGUUAAGCACUUCAUGUGAAAUAAAGAGCCAGAGUAAUCUCCUGACGUCACAAAGCGCUGAUGAAGAAGCUGCUCCCUCUUUUUCAGUUGAUCUUUCUGCAGAAUGGGAGCACUUUUAUCUAUUAAUCUACUUUCGACACCCACUUCCAGCUACUUAGGCCGACAGGGUUUUGCUGGAAUUCUGCAGUAGCUGAGGGCAGGUUGCCAGUCCAUCACAGAAUUCACAAUUAACGGCAAUCUGCCCUGUCAAUGGCAGUUACUCAGAAAGAUGCCUCUUGGCAGAUUGCCAUCAAAGUUACAUGGAAGAUUAAUUUCUGCAGAACUGAAAAAGAAACAGAUUUUUAUUUUUUGUGUUUGUCCAGGAAGUCUGAAUGUUGCUUGUAAACACAAUGGUCAGGCUGAACCAGUCCAAAAAGCAAACUAUAAGGUAAAUGGCUAAUGCACAGAUGUGGAGAUCAUUCAGGUCUCGCACACACAGGUGGAGAAUGGACUAAAACAAGAGAACACAAGGCAAUGCAUUCAUCAGUAUGGAGUCUGGAAAGUCUAAGAAAACAAAAUGGAGUGAUGACGGAGUAAAACAGUGUGUCAGCUCAACUAAAUGAGUGGAAUGUCAGCAACAAGGAGUGGAAAGCAAGAGGAGUGUAGUGACACUCGGGAAGGGGAGGAGACAAGUGCAAAGUAGCUACUGAGAGCUCAGGAGGGACGUUUAGACCUGAGACACAGGUUCAAAAACACAACAAAGACAGACAGACCCAGUGCCUCAAAGUUCCGCCGCGUUUUUCAGUUUGGGGGGCAAAACUUCAGCUAACCUGGACAUAUGUUCACGGUUUUGAUCUCAAAGAGCUUGAGUGAACCCAUCAAGAGGAUCUUCCAGACAUUGAGCAGUGUUUUGGACAGCUGUUGACAGCAUGGGGGUUCCUUUUUAGAGUUUGGACGAAGAACCACCACGAUUUAACCGCUGCUGACUCAGAUGACCUGGAAGUUCUUUGGACAAGACUCUGAAAGACAACAAACAAAACCUGCAGAUAUGUCGAACUCACAAGAACUGAGCUUAGACGAAAACGUUGUUUUCCUGCCGGUGGACGAGUCCUCCACUGAGUUCCUUCACUGUGAACGGGAGCGUGAAGCAGUGGAGGAACUCCUGAGUGCAGGACCUGAGGCCUUCUACUGCAGCGUUGGACCAGAGUGUUUUGGCUGCUUUUUAUCUCCUAAAGAGGUCAGCCAGAUGACCAACUGGGUUCAGAACAGGGUUGAGCCAGAAGCGGAAAAUGGAGUGGAAAGGAACACACUGACGGAGGACUACUGCUCCACUUACUUUCCUGAGCCUUUUGACUUUCCAGCCCCAAAUCUGGACCUGGGAUGGCCGGAGGACCAGCCAUGCGGGAAGAACAGCCUAAUGGUUUACAGCAGCCCACCUGUUGAGGGACAGCCGCCUGUCAGGGAGAUCAUAAGAACACAUUUGCAAGAAGCUAAAAAAGUAAUCGCCAUAGUGACAGACAGUCUGACAGACAAUACUGUUAUCAAUGAUUUACACAUGGCUGCCUCCGGUGGAGUCCCUGUCUACAUUAUUCUCAACAAAAGGUCUGCCCAGGAGAAUUUCACCCUCUGCAGACUGCGACAUCCAAACAUGAGGGUUCGUGUUCUUGGAGGAAAAACCUUUUAUUCAAGAACUGGAAGAAAGAUAGUCGGAGAGCUAAAAGAGAAAUUCCUAUUGGUGGAUUUGAAGACAGUGAUUCUUGGCAGCUACAGCCUCACCUGGACAGACGCCCACCUUCAUCGACAGCUGAUCACUGUCCUGACAGGAUCAACUGUUGACUGGUUUGACACAGAGUUUAGGACUCUCUAUGCUGAUUCAUUCCCGGCUCCUGACUCCUUGAUGCUCCCAGGAAACGUGCUUCUUCGAGUACCCGACAAGCUUAAAAACUCCACCCAUCCUCGGUUUCAAAAACGUCUGUCUGUGGAGCAAGAGAUUCCCACCAUUCCAUCCCCAGCUAAAGAAAUCCUCCUGGACUGGAAAGACAUGGGCUUUUAUCACGAAAACAACAGCAGCCAAGAAAGUCUUGAUAUCCAUGAGGAAAGUUUGUCAAAGCAAACAUCACAGCACAAAGACAACAAAGACAAGUCCUAUAUUGAAAAAAUUACAUACCAUGGACACCAUUUUAAGGACGAGAUAAGCAAUAUUGAACCAAGUUUCACCCAGACAGUAGAUGCAAAGAGGUUAGAAAGACUAGAUCACAAAAUAGAAAAAGCUCUUUGCAGACAAGCCAACAAAGAGAAACACAAUUAUUUACACAACGGAUCUACAGAACCAGAUGAUGAAGUUUCAGAAACAUACAAGGAGAGACGGCCGAUCAUAAGAAGGUAUACAUUUUUAGAAAAGAGAAAUACCACCGAAACAUCUUCCAGAAGGUCUUUAGUCUUAGAUGAACCAAAAUAUGAAUGUCACAGGUAUACGAAUGACAUUCUGAAGACAAUCAUGACGGGAACUGAGAGAAUGUUAAGAAGGAAAUCUGACCCCCUGUCGUCAGACAUGACUUCUACGAGGACUGGAGGUCUGGUGCCAGGGAUUCAAGGAGGCUUUCUUAUGGAUCAAAUGACACCGGCAUCAAUACUUUUUAAGACAAGAAACCCAGAGACCAGAGCCAUGAGGUCAAAGGUGUCGUACUUGAGAAGAGCAUCGGAUGACAGGACAAACUUUUACAUGCCGCAUGGAGAUGAGUAAAGUUUAUCGAAUUUAUUUGAAAAUGAAGGACAAAAGGACUCAUUCACAGCACAGAUGGACGCUUAAACUGAAACUUCAAAAUAAAACCAAAACUUUAAAAAGAUAAAAAAUCUAAUGCAUGGUGUGCAGAGAAAUGUCACUUCUUCUUACUGCCUUUUACGCCUUGAGACGCUUAAGGCAGCAACAAAAUCUUUCCAUUUCUGAUGGUCGCGGGCCAAGGUAGAUGGUUCCCCAGGUGUGUCCAAAUCCUUUCAGCUCGGCUUCUCCUGUUCGGCGCCAGGUGAUCUUCGGCCGUCCUCUUUUUAAAUCUUUUUCCAUCUGGUGUCCACUGUCUUUAUGAUCGUGUUUUCUUCACUCCUGAGUACAUGUCCAAUCCAUGUCCAGCGUCUUUUGAAGAUAAUUGUAUGAUUGUUUUCUUGAUUGCUGCAGGAGAAUAGAUCUUCAUUGGAAAUCUUUUGGGGCCAGCAUAAUUCUUAAUAUCCUUCUCAAUAUUCCUGUGUGGAAGUUAGAGAGUUUAGUCAAGUCUUGCAGUGGCAUUCUCCAGCACUCUGCUCCAUACAGUGACACUGACAGAACGCCGCUGUUGCAGAGUCUCAGUUUUGUUACUUGUUUUUUUGUUUUUUCAGUUUUGCUGUGAUGAUGUCCAAAUGUUGUUCAUGCUGAUGAAUGUAACCCUUGCUUUGUUAAUCCUGUUCUGUAUGUCCUUAUUACUUCCACCUUCUGACGUGAUGAUGCUACCCAGGUGUGAAGAUGUGGUAAAUCCUAGUCAUUUACCUUGAUGGGGCUGUGACCUAGUAUUCAAGGUCAAGAUCUCUGACUUUUUUUGGUUGAUUUUGGGACCGACUUGAGAUCCAAAUCGACUCAACUGGCCAGUCCUGUCCUGCGUGUGUCUGGAUAUAUGAUUUUAAGAUAAAAAUGUGACAUCUCUCAUCUUAAAAGCUUAAAAACAAUGUAUUUUAAUUGUUAUCAACUUUCUCACCCAUCUCACACAUUAUAGAUGCACUUUGGAAGAAAGCGAGAUGUGUUGAAAAAGAAAACAUCAGAAAAACAAGUAAAAGUCUUGUUUAGCACUUAUUAAUUUGAACAAAAGUUUUAAGAUUUUUUGCAUGUCAUUGGUUUAAGACGAACUCUUUCACUGAAGAACAAAGUGAGCGUAAGAAGAAAGGCGCCGUCCCAGUCUCCAAACACAGACACUGGCCUCUCUGCAUUCAUUUUCCUAUCAAACUGACUGUGUGACACUUUAUUCUAUAUUUAUAUGUGAAACGUUUAUAUAUGGAAAAGAAAUAAAAACAAAUAUUGCUGUGCUGCUU